GCUCAUCAUGGCAACAGUGGUGACUGAAAAGCUCAGCCAGCUCUUCAUCAACGUGCGGCAGGUCCCUCAGCUCCUGGCCCCUCUCUCCCCCUCCACUGUCAGCAGCUCGGAGGUGCCAAAGGUCUUUUGGAAGCCCUACAUCCAUGCUGGCUACCGGCCCGUGCAGCAGACCUGGUGUUACUACUUCUCCACCCUCUUCCAGCAGCACAACGAAGCCAUCAACGUCUGGACCCACCUGGUGGCGGCGCUGAUCCUGCUGCUGCGCUUCCAGCAGCUCAGGCUGCAGGUGGAUUUUGGGCAGGACCUGCAUGCCCGGCCCCUGCUCAUCAUCAUCGUGGCAUCCAUCACCUACCUGACCUGCAGCACCUUGGCUCACCUUCUGCAGGCCAAAUCCGAGUUCUGGCACUACAGCUUCUUCUUCAUGGACUACGUGGGGGUGGCCAUUUACCAGUAUGGCAGUGCCCUGGCACACUACUACUAUGCCAUCGAGCCCAGCUGGCACGAGAAGGUCAAAGGGUUCUACAUGCCGGCGGCUGUCCUGCUGGCAUGGCUGUCCUGUGCUGGCUCCUGCUGUGCCAAGUACCAGUACCAUCAGUCUGAUCGCCUCCUGAGCCUGCUCUUCCAGGAGCUGCCCUCUGGCCUGGCCUACCUGCUGGACAUCAGCCCUGUGGUGCACCGCAUCUACACCGCGCCGCCCUGCGGGCAGCCCGACCCAGCCCUUCUCUACCACAAGUGCCAGGUGCUGUUCUUCCUGGUGGGUGCCUUUUUUUUCUCGCACCCCUACCCCGAGAAGUGGUUCCCUGGCAAGUGCCACUUCUUUGGGCAGAGCCAUCAGAUCUUCCACGUGUGCCUGGUGCUCUGCACGCUAGCGCAGAUCGAGGCAGUGGUGCUGGACUACCAGUCCAGGCGGCAGAUCUAUUCCGCUCUCCAGGGGGACCUGGCACACAACUUCUCUGCUCUCUGCCUCUUCACUGUCACCUGCUCUGUCCUCACAGCUGCAUACAUGGCCAGGAAGGUGAAGAACAAGCUGAGACUCAAAGAAGAGUGA